UGAUUCCCACUGCGGCGGUCCCUUAACCCAAAAUUAGUGAGGAACGAAUUACGGCUAGGUAAACUGGUACUGGAUUUUCUCUGCCCUCGUACCCUGGCGCAAUAUUGUUUAUUUUCCUGCGCAGGCGUGGACCCCCCUCUCCAAACUAACCAUCCUUUUAUGAGGCUGGAAGACGGAAGUGUACGGGAGUCAACAGUGGUGCGACUGUUGAUUCAGCCGCACAGUGCUUUCCGUGCAGCCUCUCUGUAGACACCCUCUCCCCGUGGAUUUCAGCCUCCGUAUCCUGCGCUCACAUUUGGGAAGCUGCUGAUCGUCCUAUUCCGCCCAGUGUCUACGCCCUUAUCACCGACAGUCGGCCCCGGCCAUGGCGGUGAAUGCGAAGCGCAAGCAGGAGGAGAAGCAUCUGAAGAUGCUGCGGGAGAUGACGAGCCUGCCGCCCAACAGAAAGUGCUUCGAUUGUGACCAGCGCGGCCCGACCUACGCCAACAUGACCGUGGGCUCGUUCGUCUGCACCACUUGUUCGGGCAUACUGUGUCUCCAGCGGCGAGUCGCGCUCAUGCCCAGGCCCAGCAGGCCCAGCAGGCCCAGGAGAAGGAAGUUCGACCUUCUGAGCGACCUCGGAGGAGACAUCUUCGCCGCCCCUCCCUCUCAGGCCGCCGGCGCCAACAGCUUCGCUAACUUUGCAGUUUCAACAACCAACCGGUGUGUGUGUGUGUGUGUGUGUGUGCGUGCGUGCGCGUGCGUGCGUUCUGUCCCAGGUGGCGGCGUGCCCAACAUGGCGGCUCCUCCUCCAGCGCCCGCGGGGGCGGCGGCGGCUCAGCCGCAGGCCGUCAUGGUCGGCGGAGACCGCUACGCCGCUCUGGCGGAGCUCGACAGCGUCUUCAGCGUCUCCUCCUCCUCCUCUUCCCCGGCCGCUGGGACCGCCCCCCCAGGCAGCGUGUAUGGUGCAGCUGCGGGGAUUGCACCUGCCCCAGCGCAGCAGGUCUUACCCAGCAUGCCCCAGGGCUUCGGAGCUGGGCCUUCCACAAACCCUUUCGUUGCUGCUGCAGUUGCCCCGGCAACAGCCCCUACCAACCCCUUCCAGACCAAUGGGAAAGCAGUGGCAGCAGCAGCUCCCUUUGGUACAGGCUCUAUGAGCAUGCCGGCGGGGUUCGGAAACUCUGCUGCCUUCAAUCUCCCGACCAGCUUCAGCGGGACCUUCCAGCAGCCCAUCCCAGGACAGGGGCCCUUUCCCCAGCCCCCGGCCUACCCCCUGCACCCCAACGGUGCAGGGUGCGCCCCUUAUGGACACGCUAAACCUGUGGUGACCCCGUUUGGUCAGGUCAUGUCGGGUCCCGGGGUGUCCAGUAACCCCUUCAUGGCGGGCGCUCCCGCAGGCCAGUACCCAGGAGGAAGCUCGUCCACCAACCCCUUCUUAUAGCGCACUUCCCCUGCUCCGCCACCAGGGGGCGCUCUGGCGCCUGGCCACCAGGCUCCUCCCCCCCCACAGUUCCGUUUCGUGUGCAGCAUUCUCUUCGAUUCUAUAGCACCGGUUUUUUUUUUUUCUAAAGCAACUAUUGAAAUGACGACGGCGGCAGCGACGGUUGUGGCGACAACUUUCAGUGACAAA